UUGCUGUGGCUGUGGUGUAGGCCGGCAGCUGCAGCUCUGAUUCGACCGGAGUGAACCAUGGGAAUACAACCAACUGAGGAGUCUUCAAAUGUUGCCACUUUGAGGACCCUGGGGCACUGGGUCUUCAGAAUGAGAGUUCAGUUUUGCUUGAAGUUCAUUCACCAACUGAUUGACUAAUUCCUUCUCAACAUUUAUCCUGUUUUUGCUGAGCCCUGUGUUGGGGUUUGUGGAUUGCAAAACACCAUUACACAAAAUCUGUAAGUACAAAUAGCCUCUUCCCCAAAGCCAUGAGAAACUGCUGCACUCCCAGUCCUGAAACAGGACCCUAGUGGGGGCUGGGGAGCAGCGCAGAAUCCACCAAAGCUCCCUGUACCCGUGAUCAUCUGAUGCCCCCGAGCGCUGGAAUGAGCUUCCUAGGUCGCCUCGAGGCCUGGCUGUGGUCAGGACGUCCUUGGGGAUGUGUGCACCAGCAAUAAGCCAGUUUGCUUCAGAAAUUCCUGCUGCCUUUUUUUGUUACUGGUCAUGGGUUUGUCAGUUUAGGGUAUUCUUGUCUCCAGUUUUUCAUGAACUGGUGCUAAAAUAAUCACUCUUGGUUGCAUCUUGGUUCUCAUGAAUCCUUGGCUUUUCCAUGCCAUUCUGCACAGUGUGUGGGGGGGUGCCAGCAGCAUGAACUUUUUCGUCUAUGACAGGGUUUUGUUCCAUGAGAAAGAAAUGAGAUAGCUUUUUAAAACUUUUUUUUUUUUCUAACAAAGGACUAUUAUGUGAACAGGUUUAAUGUAACAUGAAAUGCCAAAGAUUAGAACCAUUAAUAAAGUGUCUAAUUCUUAUUUCAACUUAAAAAAUAUAAAAAAUCUUAAAAAAAAAAACCAAACCCGUUUUCCUCUGUUUUGGCUGGAAGCUCGCCUGGCUGUAACUUGAACUUCACACACAGUGACAUUGUAGCAAUAUCCUCGCCAUGACUAGUCCUGGACGCAGAGUUGCCCGAGCUCAGUUUGGAAAGAGUUUACCUCUCACCCCAUGACACACGUUGAACAAGUGAGUUUGUUCUUUUUAAGGGAGACAGGAAGGAAGAUAGGUUGCCAUUUUGUUGCUCUGCUCUUGAUUUCUUUUUGGGUGGGAACAGAUCCGAGUUGACCUCCUCCCACCAUGUGCCCAGUGAGCUUGGUGGGCCCCGUAGACUUGGACUCUGCAGGUGCCCUGCUUUUCUGCUACUGUCAGCCAGCCUUUCCCUGCCGCCUGCCGCCUGCCAGCCCCGAUGGGCCAAGUGCCAAGGUGGUGAAAGGAAGGCAUGGGCCUGCUGGACGGAGGGGGCAGCACCCAGACAGUCGUCUAGCUGGAGUCUGGCGGGUGCACUCAGGUGGGAGCCGAGGGGCCCCAGAGCAGCCUGGCCGCCCUGCUCCUCCAGGGCCCGCCUUCCCUGUGCCGCAGGUCGAUGUAUAUUUUUGGAGAUUUUAGUCCUGAUGAAUUCAACCAGUUCUUUGUGACCCCUCGCUCUUCAGUUGAGCUCCCUCCGUUCGCUGGAACAGUCCUGUGUGGCCCACGGGCUGCGGAUGACCUGCUCGACGGACAAGACUAUCAGAGAAUUGAAUUUGGUGUGAAUGAAGUAAUUGAACCCAGUGACCCUCUGCGGAGAACCCCCAGCUACAGUAUUUCAAGCACAUUGAAUCCUCAGGCCCCGGAAUUUAUCCUUAGUUGCACAGCUUCCAAAAAGACCCCUGAUGAUUUAGAUAAAGACGUGAACUGCAGCUCCGCCGCCUGUCCCUACCCAGGCUCUGCCCUUGCUCUGGAUGGCGGCGCUCCCGUGGAGGUGGAAGUUGGAGAAAGUGAUGGCGUCUCAGGUGGUCUUGGGCAAAGGGAGCGUAAAAAGAAGAAAAAACGGCCACCUGGCUACUACAGUUACUUGAAAGACGGCGGCGAGGGUGGCCCUGCUGCGGAAGCCCUGGUCAAUGGCCAUGCCGCUCCAGCCGUCCUGAGCAGCGCAGGUGCUCGGGAUGCCGAGCUGGUGGGGCACGGGCCCCUGUCAGGGACCCCCAGGACUUGCGGCAGCCCCCCGGACCCCACGGACCUCGUCAGUGACGCUGGGCCUGGUGGCUCUUUGCCCGGCGCCCUGGACGGCGGGGCCAGGACUGCGGGGCAGCCUGAGGACCCGCCCGGGGCUGACCUCGAGCAGCCCUGCCUCCCCACCGAGGCCGGCAGCGACACCCUGUUGAGGACAGCUGGGGCUCAGCCGUGUGUCGGGACUGAUACUACUGAGGACCUGGGAGUUGCUAACGGACAAAUACUUGAAUCCUUGGGUGAGGGCCCAGCCGCCAACGGGGUGGAGUCGCACACUGUGGAAAGCAUGGACUCGGACCCAGCGAAAGCCGAGAGCACCUCUCCUCCUGGGGACGCCCCGGCCCCGGCCUCGGGCUCGGUGCCGGGCGCCGCUCCCGCCAGCCAGCCCGCGAAGUCGUGGGCCAGUCUUUUUCAUGAUUCUAAGCCCUCCGCUUCCCCCUCCUCGCCUGUGGUUUCGGUGGAAACUAAGUAUUCCCCUCCCGCCACGUCUCCCCUGGUCUCUGAAAAGCAGGCCGAAGUCAAGGAAGGGCUGGUUCCAGUUACAGAGGAUCCUGUAGCCAUAAAGAUCGCAGAGUUACUGGAGAACGUGACCCUGAUUCAUAAACCAGUGUCCUUGCAACCCCGCGGGCUGAUCAAUAAAGGAAACUGGUGCUACAUUAAUGCUACGCUGCAGGCCUUGGUUGCCUGCCCUCCGAUGUAUCACCUGAUGAAGUUCAUCCCCGUGUUCUCCAAGGUGCAGCGGCCGUGCACGUCCACCCCCAUGAUAGAUAGCUUUGUUCGGCUAAUGAAUGAGUUUACCAAUAUGCCAGUACCUCCAAAACCCCGGCAAGCGCUCGGGGAUAAGGUCAUGCGGGACAUCCGCCCCGGAGCUGCCUUCGAACCCACGUACAUUUACAGACUCCUGACCGUCAUCAAGUCGAGCCUGUCUGAGAAGGGUCGGCAGGAGGACGCGGAGGAGUACCUGGGCUUCAUCCUGAAUGGCCUCCACGAGGAGAUGCUGAGCCUCAAGAAGCUUCUCUCCCCGGACAAUGAAAAACUUACUGUUUCCAACGGACCCCAAAGCCACCUGGUGGACGAAGACGAGCAGGAAGAACCAGGCGAAGGAAGUGAGGACGAAUGGGAGCAAGUGGGCCCCAGAAAUAAGACCUCGGUCACUCGCCAGGCGGAUUUUGUUCAGACCCCAAUCACUGGCAUUUUUGGUGGACACAUCAGGUCCGUGGUGUACCAGCAGAGCUCCAAGGAGUCUGCCACCCUGCAGCCCUUCUUCACGCUGCAGCUGGACAUCCAGUCCGACAAGAUCCGCACCGUCCAGGACGCGUUGGAGAGCCUGGUGGCAAGAGAGUCUGUCCAGGGCUACACCACCAAAACCAAGCAGGAGGUUGAGAUCAGUCGAAGAGUGACUCUGGAAAAACUGCCUCCUGUCCUCGUGCUGCACCUAAAACGGUUUGUCUACGAGAAGACUGGUGGAUGCCAGAAGCUUAUCAAAAAUAUCGAGUAUCCUGUGGACUUGGAAAUUAGUAAAGAACUGCUUUCUCCAGGGGUUAAAAAUAAGAAUUUUAAAUGCCACAGAACCUAUAGGCUAUUUGCAGUGGUCUACCACCACGGCAGCAGCGCCACGGGCGGCCACUACACCACGGACGUCUUCCAGAUCGGCCUCAACGGCUGGCUGCGCAUCGACGACCAGACGGUCAAGGUGAUCAACCAGUACCAGGUGGUGAAGCCCGCCGCGGAGCGCACAGCCUACCUCCUCUAUUACCGCCGCGUGGACCUGCUGUAGCCGCCGCCGCCGCCACCACCGCGCCCGCCGCCGCCGCCGCUUGUAGAGCCCACCUCGCCCCGCCCCCCUCCUCUCUGUAGUGGCUCUUUAGAGAGAAACUCGUUCUCCCUCCUGCAGAAAUGGGCUAGGAUGAAAGGAGACGCCUUGGGGUUUGCGCACAACAUGGCUUACGCUGGCUCCUAACUUCCAGAUCCAGAGCAUUGGGUUUAAGAGAAUACACCAAAAACCACAUUUCUGAAAUAAUGCCGAUUCCUGAGUCAGAAGGGGAACUUGCAUUUGAUUCCCAGUCUCAUUGCGUAGUAGAAUAAAUCCUGCACCAGCAACACUUGUAAAUUUGUGAAAAUGAAUUUUAUCUUUCCUUAAAAAAGAAAUUUUUUAAUCCAUCACACUCUCCUCCCCCCACCCGUUAGUUUUUGAUAAAUGAUCAAAAUGAGCCAGUUAUCAGAGAAGAGACAGUUCGUACUUCAAAAGAAAAACACACACACAAAAUCAGUUGCUGGUUCCUAACAGGAAAAGUACAUUUUAAUAAUUGUGUGAGAAGCUGCUUAAACGUCUGCGUUGCGGAUCAGAUCCUUGGAGUUAACGUGUUAGUCGCAUAGAUGGGUGAUUGUAACUUUAUUGCCAUUAAAAGAUUUCAGGUUGCAUUCCUGCUUCUGUGUACACCUAAUGAAAAGCGGGCAAAAUAAUGAAGGUCGGUGUUUCCUUAAGUCUGCUGUUGACUUCUGCUGUCUGCUCUCCCACAAUGCUGCGUCUCUAAUUGUACACAGUUAGUGAUGCCUAGGAGUAUAAAGUUGUCGCCCAUCAAUAAAAAUCACAGCGUUGGUUUUA